GUUUUUUCUUUUUCAUUGUAUAGUAAAACAGAGGAUUUCGGGCACCAGAUAAAGAGAGAGAGAGAGAGAGAGAAGAGGACAUCGCCAUUUCCACUCUCCAAAUCUCCACCUAAGUUUCCCAUCUCUCCUCCCAAGAAAACCUAAUUUUCUUCCUCCGAUCUCCGCCAAAUCUAGCGUAGCUUUCUCUAUUUUUAUCGGACGUUUCAGCUUCGAGAAUCCAAUCGGCUUGACCUGCAAAUGUCGAACUUCUGAAACCGCUCGAUCGUACAGAAACGGACGUCGAAGCGUGCACGACUCGAUUAACUACGAUCAUCUGCCCGAUCCUAUUGCUUUUGCAGCUUUUCCGUUUCGAUUUUUGCAUUCGUUCGUGAUGCGAAAGCGGUUUUAUGGUGAUCGGUUCCGUCUGACGGGAUUCUGAGUUGAAAAGGAAGUCGUUGUUGAGAUUCGAUUCGGUUGUUUUGAAAAGGUGGAAAGGAAAUCAAUGUGGAUGUAAUUUGCAUGGGGAGAGGAUGCCAGAGCUGCGAAGUGGAGCUCGACAGGCUCGGUUAAGAUCUAAACGGCUUGAUGAACUUCAGCCUUCUCCACAACCUCUUGAUCAAGCAGAAAAUUGUGUUCUUCCUGCUCCCAAUAGAACCGGAAGAAGAGUUGGUGCUGGAAGAGGAAGGGGUUGCAAUGCCACUGCAGUAGCAAAAGAGCCUUUGGGGGCAACACCAUCCAGGCCAGUUGGUGCUGGUAGAGGCAGGGGCGUUAGGCUGAUAGAUUUAGACCCAGAGCUUCCUCACGAGGUUCUUCCAGAAGUAGCUCCUUCUGUAGGAGCUGGUGAACCAGCUUUCAAUCAAGUAGAGGGAGUAGGAGACAAAGAUUUUGUGAUGGAGGGUGGGAGUGCAGAGAAAUUGAUGGGAGUCGAGGAAGAAGCAAAUGCGGCUCCAGUCCCUGAGAGGGUUCAAGUAGGAAACUCCCCUGUAUAUAAGAUAGAAAGGAAGUUGGGUAAGGGUGGUUUUGGUCAAGUCUACGUUGGCAGAAGGGUAUCUGGAGGUGCCGAGCGCACAGGGGCAGACGCCCUGGAGGUGGCCUUGAAGUUUGAGCACCGUAAUAGUAAAGGUUGCAAUUAUGGUCCUCCCUAUGAAUGGCAAGUCUACAACACCUUGAAUGGUUGUUAUGGAAUUCCUUCGGUUCACUACAGAGGACGCCAAGGAGAUUAUUACAUUCUGGUCAUGGACAUGCUAGGGCCCAGCCUUUGGGAUGUUUGGAAUUCUGUAGGCCAAUCGAUGUCACCUAAUAUGGUGGCUUGUAUUGCUGUGGAGGCAAUAUCAAUCCUUGAGAAACUUCACUUGAAAGGGUUUGUACAUGGAGACGUGAAGCCAGAAAACUUUCUACUUGGCCAACCUGGAACUUCUGAUGAAAAGAAGUUAUUUCUCAUUGAUCUUGGUUUGGCAUCUAGAUGGAAGGAUGGAUCAUCUGGACAACAUGUUGACUAUGACCAGAGGCCUGACAUCUUCAGGGGAACAAUAAGAUAUGCAAGUGUACAUGCACAUUUAGGUCGGACAGGUAGUAGAAGGGAUGAUCUUGAGUCACUAGCAUAUACAUUGAUAUUUCUCAUCAAAGGAAGGUUACCAUGGCAGGGCUAUCAGGGAGACAACAAAAGUUUUCUUGUUUGUAAGAAAAAGAUGGCUACCUCUCCGGAGUUGUUAUGUUGUUUUUGCCCGACACCAUUUAAACAGUUUCUUGAGGUUGUGACAAAUAUGAAAUUUGAUGAAGAACCAAACUACCCUAAACUUAUUUCCCUUUUUGAUAGCUUGAUCGAGCCAUGUGCACCCUUGAGACCCAUUAGAAUUGAUGGAGCUCUAAAGGUUGGACAGAAGCGAGCAAGAUUGCCUGUAAAUGUGGAAGAAGAUGGGCAACCCAGGAAGAAGGUACGUUUAGGGAGUCCAGCUACUCAGUGGAUCUCCGUUUACAAUGCCCGUAGACCCAUGAAGCAGAGAUAUCACUACAAUGUAGCAGAUUCGAGGCUUUCCCAGCACAUAAAGAAAGGCAAUGAGGAUGGUCUAUAUAUCAGUUGUGUGGCUUCUGCAGUAAACCUUUGGGCACUUAUCAUGGAUGCGGGCACGGGUUUCUGUUCUCAGGUUUAUGACCUGUCAGCUGUCUUCCUGCACAAGGAUUGGAUAAUGGAACAGUGGGAGAAGAAUUACUACAUUAGUUCCAUAGCUGGUGCAGCAAAUGGAAGUUCGUUGGUAGUCAUGUCGAAAGGAACCCCUUACACCCAGCAGUCCUAUAAAGUGAGUGAAUCUUUUCCGUUUAAGUGGAUUAAUAAAAAAUGGAAAGAAGGUUUUCAUGUCACAUCGAUGACCACUGCCGGAAGUCGCUGGGGUGUGGUAAUGUCGAGGAACUCUGGUUAUUCAGAACAGGUUGUGGAACUUGAUUUUCUGUAUCCAAGUGAGGGAAUACAUAGGCGAUGGGAGAGUGGCUACAGGAUAACCUCAACUGCUGCCACCCAUGACCAAGCAGCAUUCAUACUGAGCAUUCCAAAACGUAAACUGAUGGAUGAAACACAAGAAACUCUUCGUACAUCUGCUUUCCCAAGCACCCAUGUAAAGGAAAAAUGGUCCAAGAACCUUUAUAUUGCAUCCAUUUGUUAUGGUCGGACCGUUAGUUGAUGCACAUUUCGGUGUAUAUCAGUAUUUUGCCAAAGAAAUAUCAAUUUUUGAAAGUUUAGGGGGCUUGUGCUUGGACAUGUUUAUGAUUCA